AUGAGUGAGAGUAUUAACAGUCUGAACUUCUUCAGAAGCCAUUCAUUUCUAUGGAAGUUUCUGGGUGCAUCGCACAAACAAACUAAAUGGCGCAUUCCCUAUCUGGCAUUCACCAUUCCAUUGAAUAUUCUAUUUACGUUGGGAUAUCCUUUUCACCUGGGCAUGGCGGUUUUUCGUAAUGGCAACAUGUUGGAUGACAUCAACAAUUUUACUACCUUUGUCACCUGUGGUGCCUGUUCCAUCAAGUUCGCAUUCUAUAUCUUCAAUUAUGACAAGGUUGCUAAAAUGGAGAAACUCCUACAGCUUCUGGAUACUCGUGUGACCGGUGAAAAGGAGCAUGAAAUCUACAAUAGGGUUAAAACGCAGUUGCGCAUGAUCUUAGUUAUCUUUGUGUCUAUUUACGGGCCAAUUGCACUUUUGGCCGAACUCACCUUUUUGACUCAGGAGGAGCGAGGAUUAAUUUAUCCGGCCUGGUUCCCAUUUGACUGGCGUAACUCAACACGCAAUUAUUAUAUUGCCAAUAUGUAUCAAAUCGUGGGAGUAAGCUAUCAACUACAACAGAACUACUUGAAUGACUGUUAUCCGGCAGUUAUGCUCUGCUUAAUUACGGCCCACAUCCGGAUGUUAAGCAUUCGUAUCGAGCACUUGGGCACGGACAAGAAGAUUUCUGAAGAUGCUUCCGAACAGGAGCUUGAAGCUUGCAUAACCGAUCACAAAAAUUUGUUGGAGCUGUUCAAAUCUAUCGAGUCCUUCAUGUCGCUCCCUAUGUUCGUUCAAUUCACUGUGACUGCGCUAAAUGUUUGCAUAAGCAUAGCGGCUCUGCUCUUCUUCGUCACGGAACCGAUGGCAGUCACAUAUUUCUUUUUCUACAUGUUGGCCAUGCCUUUGCAAAUCUUUCCAUCCUGCUAUUUCGGCACGGAAACCGAGUAUUGGUUCGAUCAGCUCCACUAUGGUGCUUUCAGUUGCAAUUGGAUCACACAACGGCGCAGCUUUAAGAAGAAGAUGAUGCUAUUUGUGGAAGGCACACUCAGGAAGAAAACGGCCAAGGCGGGUGGAAUGUUGCGCAUCCAUGUAGACACCUUCUUCUCAACUCUAAGAUUUGCAUACUCUCUGUUCACCAUCAUUUUGCGAAUGAGAAAAUGA